UGUUUCAUCCAUUUUUUUCUGGGGGGGGGGGGUUGUUUUGUCAGUCCAGACACUUGAAGAUGUUUGUUGUCAAAUGUUUGCCAAGGUUACGGCCAGCCGAGCCCCCCACGGGAUGAAAAACUUGUUGUUUUGAAGUCGAGUUGUUUUUGUGCCAAGUGGGAGUGUCCGUUGCGGCGAUUGGGGCUCCGGCGUCCUUUCUUAUUGGCCGCGCUCCAGAGUGGAGCUCCAGUGGAUGUCGGCAUCCGGGACCAUGAACCUGUUCAAUCCUGCCGAGGACGAGAACGUGUCCAUGGUGCACCCCGAGUACUUCAUCAUUAGCGGUUUGUCGGGGAUCCCGCAUAUCGAGCUGUACUACGUCUUCCUGUUCGCGGUCUACAUGCUGUCAGUGCUGGCCAACGGCGCGGUGAUGGCCGUCAUCUGCCUGGACCGCCGGCUGCGGACCCCCAAGUACGUGGCGGUCUUCAACCUGGCCUUCGUGGACCUGUUCGGGAGCUCGGCGCUGGUCCCUAAGCUCCUGGACGUGUUCUUGUUGGGCCACCGCCGCGUUCCCUUCCGCAGCUGCCUGACUUUCCUGUUCUUCUGCUACACCUGCUUGUCCAUGCAGUCCUUCAACUUGGUGGCUCUGGCCUACGAUCGGCUCCUGGCCAUCAUUUUCCCGCUGCACUACCAGGUGAGGAUGACGCACCGAUUCAUGUUCUCGCUGAUCUCGGGCUUCUGGGUGCUGGUGCUGGCCCUGGUGGCGACGGCCACGGGUCUGCUGACCCGCCUGUCCUACUGCCGCUCGGUGGUGAUCCACAGCUACUUCUGCGACCACGGCCAGAUCUACCGGCUGGCCUGCAACAGCCACUACCCCAACUACGUGGUGAGCUGCGUCUACCCGGUGGUGAUCUUCUGGCUGCCGCUGGCCUUCAUCCUGCUCAGCUACGCCGCCAUCGGCUGCACCUUGGCCAAGGUGGCCUCCGUCCAGGAGCGCCUCAAGGCCCUGCGCACCUGCGCCGCCCACCUGUCGCUGGUGGCCAUCUACUUCAUCCCGCUGCUCAUCACCUUCACGCUGAUGGAGAACAUCCACCCCGACGGCCGCAUCGUCAACCUGUCGCUCACCUCCGUCUUCCCGCCCCUGCUCAACCCCGUCAUCUACACGCUGCAGACGCAGGAGAUCAAAGAUGCGCUCGGCAGGCUCGUCAGGAGCGUGCGCCGGGGCAAGCACGCCAAAAUAUGGACGGCGCUCCACUAGCGGGAGAAUUGCACAUCGUGCAUUGCAACAACCGUGAAUUUUUUUUUUCAAAACUUUGCUAGCUUAAUGCUAAUGCACGAUGCAACAGGCCAAUGAAACGAGCGUCGAUGCUGCGGUAACGUUGGAAGCCAUCGAUAUUCAAACACAAAAAGUAGCCAAACGCGGACACACGACUAAAACAAUUUGCAGGCGGAUAUUCUUUAUCCUCUGUGAAACACAAGAGAUAGCGCAGUUUUCCUUACCGUCUUAUUUCUACUCACACAACCAGAAGGAUCAGCCGGCGCAAGUACGAUUCCGAUCUGAUCCGGACAAUUCUUUUUAUUCAUAAAACAAGUUUCAACGUAACAUCAGCAAAUCAAAUUUUGCGUGUUUGUCAGUUGAGAAAGAAUAUACAGCUCGUGGCGAAUCUAGAUGCGAUCCAGAUUCCGCAAUCCUGAGGUCCAGGCUCCGCUUUGGCAAAUCAAGACACCUUGAGCGUGUUCUAGAGUGGAGGGUGUUGUCAGGUGGGGGUGUUGUUGGCCAUCCGCCGCCGCUGGCUCAAGUGCUCCUGCCGCACCUUGUGGUAGUCGUUCAUGCAUUUUUUGAAGGCGCCCACGUGGCUCUGGCACACUCGCCAGUCCUGAUGCUCGGCCAUGCAGUCCUGCAGCGCUUCGUGCAGCUCGCCGCAGCCCGUACGAGAGAUCAUUCGCUCCACGGGGUCUUCGGCUUCUUCGGCAUCCGUCGUCGUCUUCUUUGCGCUUCGCUCAUGGGGAGAAGGUGAUGUCAUUCUGCGCACAAAUGUGCCAUUGUCAUUAGUUCCAGAAUAUUGGAAUUAAUAAUGCUUCUCGAUUCAAUUAUGUAUUGUCAAGACAGUAGAGCUAAAUGUCCCCUUGGCGACUAGUUCCUUAAAAUCUCAUUCCAUAGUUAUAUGAUACACACAUAGUGGUUUAUAAUCGUAAGUGAUAUUUUAUUGAUGUUGUGCAGUCAUAGCAACUGAACAGUACUUGAGGUGAAUUUUGCGUUACUCGGUCAAGCUCCCGUUCAGUCUCCUUUUGUCUCGGUACAGGUGUUUGAUCAUUAAUUUAAAAGCAAACCUGUUAUCUUUCCCCAAUUGUCUCCGUGUAUCCGAUAGUCAAAGGAAAAUAUCAAGUCACAAUCGCGGAUGUUUACACUAGACGAAAACGGGUUGCUUGGGUUGUGGAUUAGAGGGGGAAAUAUUUCAGUGUAGGACCAAGUGUAACAGUCAAAGAAUUCCCGUUUUCACGGGACCAGUAAAAUUGUAAUAAUAUGAACAUAUUAACAGCGCUGUAUUUUUAGCUGCACGCGAUUUAUUUGUAUUGUAUUUAACGUAAAUAUGGCGAGAUAAAGGGGUGCAAUGGAUUGUGUUUUUGACGAAAUGGGAUGACGUCCUGGGGUAUCAGUCAAAUAGUUCCCUCUGAACACCACAACUUCCGCCAGGUCGAUGAGGAUUUCAACCAUGUCGUAUGAUGGUAUUAAUCAUGUUUUUUUUGUGUGUGUAUUUGAACAUACGUUUCAUCAUAUACUAGACGUGGUCAUACGAAAUGGAGCGUAUUAUUUCAUUUUUGAAAAAUGACUUAAGUCCUGGUGCGGCAGUCAAAUAACUCCCCUGUUCAACGGCACUUCCGCCAACGCGACGAACGGUUGUACAGGUACAGGACAAAAAAAAACUCAAUCGAAGCCCAUGUUAGAAGUAAUCGCGUUUUGUUCCGAGCUGUUUGUUUGCAAUGAAUUUGACGUGUUACUACGAGAAUUAAGGUGUUAUUGAAGUCAAUAAACAAGCUGAACAUUG